AUGCAAAAAUUCUACCAAGUCAGUCUAGUCAAUAGUGUUGCCACGGUGAAGGUUCAACGAUACAGCGAGGCACAAACAGUGCUCCUGACUGUAUCUAUAAAUGUUUCUGCUAUACUUGAGAUGACAAGUGCAUUCGACCCUAAAGGGGAAGUGCGCGCGAGGCGCGAGAAUGCGCGAAGCGCAGGAAUGCGCGCGCAUGGUAGUAAAUGGGUAUUGUUGUGGUUCCGUCCUCUGUCGUUCUCGUGGGUGAGGAACUUGGUAGACAGUGGAUGGAUGCUUCCGGAUGGCUGGUGCUAUAGGGCGCUCAAGCGCAGGAAAGCUCGCACGCAUAUACAUCGUGAAGCGCAGGAAGUUGAAGCAUACAGAAUGAUGCUACAAGUUCGUGCUGUAUACUCCUUGGUGAAAACUGCAAUAUUGCACAAGGAGAGGCCCAAUGGGCCCCCACAAAGACCGCGCACGAAAGAUCCAAGAGCGCAAGAGGGAAUUCAAGUGCAGUUGCGCAUCAAGGAAGAGGGAAGCAGACCAAAAGACAAAAGAGCAGGAGACGGACGAGCGCAGAUGCGCAUUGAGGAAGAGGGAAGCGGAUUGAAAGAUGAAAAAAUGGGAGAGGGAAGAGCGCCGAUGCGCAUCAAGGAGGGAAGUGGAUCAAAAGAAAGCUGCUGGUGGGCCAUCAAGCUUGAAGUCGAAGUGGAGAUGUUGGAUCUUGAGGAUCUGGGGUCUGCUUUGGAGAAUCGGGUCCAACUUGUCCUGAAGGUAGCAGGUGCAAACAUCCAAAGGAGCUUGCAUCUCAAUAUGCAAUCUGGAGGAACUAAAACUUACGUCCCAGAAGGAAAUCUCCAGCUGCCAUACAGACGCACUCUUGAGGCUCGUAGCAAUGUUCACGCUAGAUUGCAAAGGUGCAAGCUGAGGGAUGGCGUCACAAACGUCACACAAUAG